AUGUCGAGAGCUCUGGUGGUUGUUCUCCGCAGCGUUGCCGUGGCCUUGUGCCGCCACGGCCAGACGUCGAGGACACAGGACACGUACAGCAGCAUCAGGACCUUGCGGGAGCAACUCGACCAGAACAUCAAGCCUGCGUACAUUUGUGUGAAACACCAGCUGGUCAAGGCUCACGAGCAUUCCGUCUCUGAGAACCAGGGCGGCAUCAAUUUGUUCCCAGAGGCGGGCAACGAGAAAGAGCUGAAUCUGAAGGACCUCAAGAUUAAGGACCCCUUCGCGGGCGAGAGCAAGACGCUUUGGAUCCGCUACUGCCGCGCCGGAGACGGCCAGAGGUUCAACUCUCUGAUCGAGGUGACCAAAAUCGGCAGCUUCCGCACGAAGCCCGUGCCGCUGGACAUGGAGCUCGGCACGCAGGCUGGCAAGGCCCAGAUGCUGCUCAGCAAGGACGAGUUCGUGACCUGCCUCACGAGCAGCCCCCUGCUGAGCGAGCCCCUGCGCCAGCUGUCCUCGAGCGACAACCGCGUGGAGAGCGCGCCCAAGAAGGACCCGAUCGCGCUGCAGGUGACCGUGAGCGACCCCAGCAGGGACGCGGACGAGGACGAACUGUUCACCCAUCUCAGCAUGCGGCAGGGCAUCCUGAUGGAGGUGUGGUCGCACAACGACUUCCUGGGCGAGUGCUGGCUCCCGGCGUUCGGCGACCUGGGCCAGGACGCGAGGCGGUUCAUCCUGGACGUCCAUAGCGCGCCUCCAGACGCAGGCGGCACGGCCACGCGCCCGGACCGGCGGAAGCGCAAGGACGCGGGCCACGGGAAGUUCGGCGGCAGGGGCGGCGGUCCUGAGCCGCUCAACUCGACCUGGAAGCCCUUCCCUGCCCGCGCCCGGGAGCGCGUCCGGCACGGCGUGCACCCAGCAGGUCGGGCAACCGCCUGCCUCUGA